AUGGCGGCCAACAUCCCCCCCAAACUCAAGACGGCGGAUCUGACGAGAUUCAUCGUCCGCGCAGCGCAACUAGAGAAAGCGAAGCCAGUGAUAUCAUAUUGGUGCGAAUAUUGGAUCGUCAAUCAGAUACUUUCCAAAGGGCUGCACAAUGGAGAUCAAGAGACGUUGGAAUAUACCACCACCUUGAUGGAUAAACUGGAACAGGUGAGAUGGUUUGCGCCCAUGCUUCAACUGAGUGAUGCUAACUUCUCCGGUUCCAAGAUCAAAUCCGAUAAUCCCACGAACGAUGCGAUCAUAGACGACACCGCGGGCCAAGCAUACGUCGAGCAAUUCGCGCUGGAAACGUUUCAAAGAGCAGACCGCACUGUCCAGGUGAAUAAGGUGACAAAGCAAACCGCAGACACAUUCCAGGCAGCGGCAACCUUUUUCGAACUGGUCAAUAUUUGGAGUCCACCCGAUGGCGAAACACAAAGCAAGAUCAAAUACGCCAAAUGGAAUGCGCUGAGGAUAAUGAGGGCGUUGAAGGAAGGAAAAGAUCCAAACGAGACGAAUCCAAAACCUGCUCCAUCCCCAGAAGAAGAUCUUCCGGUGUUGGAUCCAAAUGAUCCAGAUGUGCAAUCACUCGGACAAACCCUACACCCAAGACAGGCAUCGGUAGAGGAAGUACCAGAUGAACAAGAUCAGGUGGAUGCUCGAUUAGCCAGACAGUCUUCCAUAGAUCAAUCACUGCACCCAUCCACACAGGUCUCCGCGCGGGGGUCUCCUCGAGCACCUCCUUUCGAACCAUAUCCUCGCGAUGGGUUCCCAUAUACAGCCGUUCAAGAUGAUAAUGUUUCGCCGCUUGAGCCAUCCCCGAAUCCCAGGAAUGGUUCUGUUGGGGGAGGCUAUUUCCCAGAAGUGCCAACUUUUACUUCAGAAACUCAGGAUGCGACACUUCCAACUGCACCCGCUGGCGAUUCAUUAGAUCUAGAUCUACCUAAUCAUCCAUCAAAUGCUCCCGGAUCCAGCAUGCCUCCCGGCAUGGGUGUCUCUCCGGACUUUGAGUCUUUUCCACCACCGUCUAUAAGCCAUCCAGCUUCAAGUCCGCCACCACAAGACUUUUACUCGCAGUCAGGUUCACCUCCACACAUCGUCACAUCCCCAGGGGCACCUCUUCCCCCUCCGACACACCAACCUGCUCCAUAUCGACCUCCUCCGCCUCCAACACAUUACCAACCACCACCGGCUGCAACCAAUCCAUACCACCCCCCACCACAACAGCAUCGUCAACCAGUUCCCCCCGCUCCUCCUGUCCCAGGUCCAUCGCAGCCUCGAGGACCAGCGUUCAACCUUGAACCCGAGGCGGUUGCCAAGGCACAGAAGCAUGCCAAGUGGGCAAUUUCAGCCCUUAACUUUGAGGAUGCUGAUACGGCAGUCAAGGAGCUGAGACUUGCUCUUCAGAUUUUAGGUGCGCAGUAA